UCAGACAUAAGAACAGAUCUCAGUUUGCUGCUUGAGUGCCUGAAGUUUCAGAUGAAAUGCCCUGAUCUGCAGAAGCAAGCCCUUCUCACCAUUCACUCAAUCUGUGAAAAGAGAGAGGAUAAUGCAGACCUGCUGAGAGAAAUGGGAGGCGUGACGUUUGUGUAUAACCUCUCCAAAUCCAACAUUGUUCAUUCAGACGUUAAGGAGACUGCACUCUUUACACUUGGCACUUUAGCUGAAGCUAAUGUGUACUGCAAACAUUCUCUGUGCAGGAAGGAGACGUUUGUCGAAGUUGCUGGUUGGCUUAUGAAAGAGGACACACCACUGACACGGAAGCGAGUUUCUGUCUAUUUGCUGUCUGUGUUGGUAGCAAACAAUAAAGCAGGACAGACUUUAGCCCAAAAUACCGGCUGCCUGGACAUUUUGCUGGACCUCUUUAGGACCACUUUUCCCCUCUCUACAGAGGCUACAUUGAGAGCAGCUAAUGCUACUCAAACCUACCAACUCUGGGCAUCUGUGUGUAGUGCUCUCUGUGGAAGUGUCAACAACCCUCAGAAUGAGGAGGGUCAGCGUAUCUGUGUUGCAGCUUUUCCCAUAAUACAAACCUGGCUUCAGAUUUCUCUGCCCCGCACCGAGAUUUUUCAACCCAUAUGCUCCUUCAUAGCAAUGACAGUUGCCAACAACUCCUGUGUUCAGGAGAGUUUUUCUGCCUACGGGGGUUUGGAAACUCUCACUCUUGUACUGGUUCGUCUAGCUUCUGGGACAGAGACAAGUUUGUUGUCUUGCCAACUUUCUGUCACAAUAUGCAAGACUCUUUCAGCAUGCAUCACCGAUAACUCCACUCUUGCUUCAGGUUUGGCUCAGUAUAGUGUGGUUUCCCACCUCUUCUCCCUGCUGGCUAGCCCAAACCUUGACCCUGAGGACAGGCCCUCAGUUUUGCUCACCUUAGGCCACUGCACAGAGGCCUCACAAGAGCACCAAUCCCAGUUGGUGCAGUGUGGAGGUCUGCCACUCAUCAUAACUUUACUCACAGAAGACACAAAUGAGGAGGUUAGGAAGGCUGCCACAUUCAUAUUACAGACCUGCAAACAGGCCACCAUGUCCUUGGGAGAGCCUUCUCUGAUAUCGAGACAAAGAGAGUUUGACAAUGUCGAACCCCUUACAAACAUGGAAGGCUUCAGGAGCUCAGCCAGAGAGUUACUGCGCAGGAUUGACCUGCUAGAAAAGAGACAGGCAAAGGAGGAUGAGCAGGAAGACACAGACUUACUAACUUCAACUGAAAGAUUAGAGCAACCAUCUCAUCUUCCAGCCUUGCCUCUAACUCUGCAGCAUGUGGAGAGGUUUAAAACUGCCCCCACAGCAUGUACAGAGAGCAGCAGUCUUAAGUAUGUAGGGCCAGGAGGUGACAACAACAUUAAACUUGAAACUUUCAGAAACUUGAUAAAGAAAGACAAUUACAGUGAAAUAAGGAACAUCAGCUCCAAUUUAAGUGCUCAAGAAGAGAAGGCUGAAACCAGUGGAGGGGAUGUGAGGUGCACAGUGUGCAAGGAGUUAGCGGACAGUGACAUGAGUCAAGUGGUGGAGGAACACUCAUUCAGUCAUGUUCGUUGUGCAGGUUGCGUGUUACCUUUUGAAGAGGUGACCAGUAGCACUUUUGCGACACUCCUAAGCACCUGCCAUCACAGUUGUGACAUGCACACGGUCCUUCAAGAGGCCACAGAGCGCUUCAGGACUCAUCACUGCAACCUUCUCUUCAGGGGAGAGAACCAGGACAACGCUGUAGAGCUGACAGACCCAAAACCUAAGAGAGUGUCAGCUGCAGAGCCACAGAGGAGCAGGGAAAACUGGAGGGAGGCCUGUCUGACUCCCUUGCGUAAAGACACAGGGCAAGCCAAGAACUCCCAGCCAGUACACCACUGGAAAAAGUACAAAGCAGCCUUGCUACCAUCACUUCUCCUCUCAGGUCGAUAUUUGGCUCCCCCGAAAAGGCCUCAUUCGCCUCAAGAAAGAAAACGAGGGAGAAAUGAUGGACAUCAUGUACAAGAUGAUCAGCUAAAAGCUAGCAGAGAGUCUUGUUCCAGUCGAAGGAAACGGAAAGACUUCAGCCGUGAGGAGCUGCAUCACCUGCUGUCCGGUGUGAAGAAAUAUGGCUUCUCCUGGAACUCUAUCUUGUGGUCAUACCCCUUCCACCCUGGACGCACCAAUGUUGACCUGGCCAAGAAAUACAAGCGGCACAUGAAAGCUAAUGACCAGGAUGCUGGCUGUGCAUAAUCCUGGUCCAGAGAUCCUGGACCACUGAUAAAUGAACAGCUUUGAUGAUCUAAAAGGCCUUCGUUCUACCCAGUUCCACACUGCAUUGAUAGUUAAUUAAUCCAAUGCAGCAUUCAUUACAUAAACUUACAUAUAAUAUGUCAUAGUCUUAGUAUUUAUUUUAUAUUCACUCCUUUGUACAACGUUUGCUGUGUCUUAAAAAAUAG